AAGCGGGUAAUGGCAGAUGAGCUGGAGAAAUUUACCAGCAUGAGGAUAAAGAAGGAGAAAGAAAAGCCCGGUGUGGCUCAUAGGAAUUCCUCUGCUGCCUAUUCAGAAGUUUCUGGUGCAGGUCAGAUGCUGCAGGAAAUCUCAGACGAGGAUGUGCUGAUGCUCUUUGAACAGAUGCUGCUGGAUAUGAAUCUGAAUGAAGAGAAACAGCAACCUCUAAGGGAGAAGGACAUUGGCAUCAAGAGAGAGAUGGUCUCCCAGUACCUGCAUACUUCCAAAGCUGGAAUGAGUCAAAAGGAGAGCUCCAAAUCUUCAAUCAUGUAUAUCCAGGAGCUGAAAUCUGGUCUCCGAGAUGCCCAGCUGCUCAAUUGUUUGGAGUCUCUGCGGGUCUCUCUCAAUAAUAAUCCUGUCAGUUGGGUGCAAAAUUUUGGAGUGGAGGGUCUGAAUUGCUUGCUGGACAUACUGAAAGGUUUACAUGAUGUGAAGGAAGAGGCUUCCAGCCACUACGACACCCGGAUCAAGCAUGAGGUCAUCAGAUGCUUAAAGGCUUUCAUGAACAAUAAGUUUGGAAUUAAAACUGUGCUUGAAACGGAAGAGGGCAUCCUGCUUUUGGCAAGAGCUGUUGACCCCAAAGUCCCUUCCAUGAUGAUCGAUGCUGUCAAGUUGCUUUCGGCCCUCUGCAUCCUGCCUCAUCACGAGGCCUUGCAUGAGCGUGUUUUGGAGGCCCUCACUGACCGAGCAGAAAUGGAUGAAGUGGAACGAUUCAAGCCGUUGCUGGAUGGUCUGAAGAGUGGCACCUCAGUGGUACUGAAGGUAGCUUGUCUACAACUGAUUAAUGCCCUGAUCAUCCCAGCGGAUGAGCUGGACUUCAGGAUGCACAUCCGCAGUGAGCUAAUGCGUUCCGGACUGCAGCAGAUCCUCAAGGACCUGCAUUCUCAAGACAAUGAGGAGCUGAAGGUGCAGUUGUCAGUGUUUGAAGAAUAUGGGGAAGAAGAUUCUGCUGAACUCCGAAGCCGUUUGGAGGACAUUCGCAUAGAAAUGGAUGACUUUGGUGAGAUCUUCCAGAUCCUUCUCAAUACCGUCAAGGACUCAAAGGCAGAACAGCAUUUCCUGUCUCUUCUGCAGCACCUUCUGCUCAUCCGCAGCGACUACGAUGCCAGGCCUCAGUAUUUUAAGCUGAUUGAGGAGUGCGUUUCCCAGAUAAUCCUGCAGAAGAAUGGGGUUGAUCCAGAUUUUAAGUGCAAGCACGUCGACCUUCAUGUUGAGGGACUGAUAGAUAACUUGGUUGACCAAACUAAAGUGGCAAAAAGUGAAGCCAAAGCAAUUGAACUGGAGAAGAAGCUGGAGUCUGAGCUGACUGCCCGGCAUGAGCUGCAAGUUGAAAUGAAGAAGAAGGAGAGUGAAUUUGAGCAGAAACUCCAAGAUGUGCUUCAAGAGAAGGAAGCGCUGGAAACAGAGAAACAGCAGAUCGUGUUGGAGAAGCAAAGUCUGGAAAGUGCUUCGUCAGCACUGAAUGAUGAGGUGGCUGUACUUAAACAAGAACUUGAAGAUGCAAGGAAGAAAAUGGAGCAUAUUGCCUCAUCUUCUGUUGGUGUCCCAGCACAGCCUUCACCCAGUGGGGUGGCCAUUCCUCCUGCCCCUCCCCUGCCUGGUACAGCUGAAGUGCCACUUUUGCCAGGAAUGUUAGUAGUGCCACCGCCGCCACCUCUGCCUGGUGCAACCGGAGUGCUGGCUCCGCCACCACCACCACCUCCGCCUCUUCCUGGUGCAAUUGGAGUGCCCGCUCCGCCACCACCACCUCCGCCUCUUCCUGGUGCAGUUGGAGUACCACCACCGCCACCUCCGCCUCUUCCUGGUGCAUUUGGAAUGCCGCCACCCCCGCCACCGCCUCUUCCUGGAGUGCCUGGAGUGCCUCCACCGCCACCACCUCUUCCUGGUGGGCCUGGAAUGCCACCACCACCGCCACCUCUUCCUGGUGGGCCUGGAAUGCCACCACCACCGCCACCUCUUCCUGGUGGGCCUGGAAUGCCGCCACCACCGCCACCUUUUGCUGGUGGGCCUGGAGUGCCACCUCCUCCCCUGCCUCCUGGCUUUGGGGCUAUGAUGCCUGCAGCUCCAGUUCUUCCAUUUGGAUUGGCUCCAAAGAGGGCUUAUAAGCCAGAAGUUCAGCUUCGAAGAACCAAUUGGUCCAAGAUUACGGCUCAGGAGCUCUCCCAGGACUGUUUCUGGGUCAAGGCCAAGGAGGACCGGUUCGAGAACGAUGAACUCUUUGCCAAGCUGACCCUCGCCUUCUCUGUCGCACAGAGCAAAUGUGAGUCGAAAAAGCAGCAGGAGAAUGGAGACGAGAAGAGCCAGUCCAAGAAGAAGGUCAAAGAGCUGCGGGUGCUGGAUUCGAAGAAUGCUCAGAAUCUUUCCAUUUUCCUGAGCUCUUUCCGCAUGCCCUACGAGGAGAUCAGGAGCGCCAUCCUGGAGCUGAAUGAAGCUGUGCUGACUGAGUCCAUGGUGCAGAAUCUCAUCAAGUUGAUGCCAGAACCAGACAAGUUGAAGAUGAUAGCCGAACUGAAGGAAGAGUACAGUGAGCUGGCCGAGUCUGAACAGUUUGGAGUGGUGAUUAGUUCCGUUCCCCGCCUGCAGUCCCGCCUCAAUGCCAUCCUCGUCAAGCUCCAGUUUAACGAACAGGUUGAAAACAUCAAGCCAGAGAUCGUCGCGGUGACAGCUGCCUGCGAGGAGGUCCGCAAGAGCGAGAAUUUCUCCAACCUCCUCGCCAUCAUUCUCUUGGUGGGCAACUACAUGAACGCGGGUUCCAUGAAUGCCGGGGCCUUCGGCUUCAACAUCAGCUUCCUCUGCAAGCUCCGAGACACAAAGUCUGCUGAUCAGAAGAUGACCUUGCUGCACUUCUUAGCUGAAACUUGUGAGCUGCAGUAUCCUGAUGUGUUGAAGUUCCCGGAUGAACUCAUCCACGUGGAGAAGGCGUGUCAAGUUUCUGGUGAAAAUCUGCGGAAAAAUCUGGACCUAAUGAAGAAGCAGAUUUCAGACGUGCAGCGUGACGUUAGCGGCUUCCCCAGUGCCACGGAGGAGAAGGAUAAAUUUGUGGAGAAAAUGACCAGCUUUGUAAAGGAGGCCCAAGAACAAUACGAGAAGCUACGGAUGAUGCACUCCAACAUGGAGAGCCUCUAUAAAGAAUUAGGCCAAUACUUCCUUUUUGAUGCCAAUAAAAUAUUGAUUGAGGAGUUCUUCAGUAAUCUGCACAACUUCAGAAACAUGUUUCUGCAAGCCUUAAAGGAGAACCAAAAGCGACGUGAGACCGAGGAGAAGAUGCGGCGGGCUAAAUUGGCCAAAGAAAAGGCAGAAAAGGAACGGCUGGAGAAGCAACAGAAGAGAGAGCAGCUGAUCGACAUGAAUGCAGAAGGUGAUGAAACUGGAGUUAUGGACAGUCUACUAGAGGCCUUGCAGUCAGGAGCGGCCUUCCGUAGAAAAAGAGGACCACGCCAAGCAAACAGAAAGGCUGGCUGCGCUGUCACUUCACUGCUAGCCUCGGAGUUGACCAAGGAAGAUGCUCUCGGGGCAAAGGGCAGCAAAGUGCCGAAAAGGGACGAAGACGGGGAAGCCCCAGAUGGAGAAGUGCCUGACGAGACCACCAAGAAGGCCAGCAGCCGUCAGAACUAGGGCCGCGCCAGGCUCGGACUAAAGCCUGCAGCACAUUUUUACAAAGGAAUCAAAGGAACACUGCGUCACUUUGCAACUUUUAUGUGUUUUUUUGUGUGGGCAAGGGGAGAGACGCGGACUCUAAUCUCUUCUGCUCCGCUCCCCUCGACUGUUUUUGCACCACCUUUGAGCCUGUGGUUGUCCUCUGCAGCUUGUCUCAAAUUUCCCGCCUGCCUUCUGCCUUU